AUGAAUUCUGCUACUUCAACGAAUGUCGGCUCUACCACGGUAUCACACGCAACCGAUACGACAGCCAAACAUGGUUAUGAUGUAAAAGGUGGUAAUAAUAGCAAGGAUAGUGAUUCAGAAGGCGAAGGAGCUGAAGAGAUCUUGGAAGAAAGCCCAUGCAAAAGAUGGAGCAAACGGCGUGAGCAAGUAAAACAGCGUAAUGUUCCUGGGAUCGACUAUGCUUACUUGGCAAUGGAUAAUGAAACAGGUAACGAAGUGGUAUGGAAUGAAGUUUUGUUCUCAGAACGCAAAAAUUUUCGUUCACAAGAAGAACAUAUAAAUGCCGUUUUCGACAAGUUGACUCAUCUCGUGCACACAAAUCUCGUUAAAUUCCAUAAAUAUUGGACAGAUUCGAAAUCUGAUAAACCAAGGAUAAUAUUCAUAACAGAAUAUAUGUCGUCUGGUUCACUAGCACGAUUCUUACAGCGUACUCGCAAAUCUGGAGCUGCUUUAAAUCUGAAGGCCUGGAAAAAGUGGACUACGCAAAUCCUGUCUGCUCUGAAUUAUUUACACUCAUGUAAUCCUCCAGUUGUUCAUGCAAAUCUUACUUGCAACACAAUGUUCAUACAACAUAAUGGUUUGAUCAAGAUCGGUUGUGUCGCUCCAACUGCAAUUCAACAUCACGUGAAGACGUUUCAAGAGAAUAUCAGAAAUAUGCAUUACAUUGCACCUGAAUAUGAACAUUGUAAUGCUGUAGCUCCGCCAGCUGACAUCUAUUCCUUUGGAAUAUGUGCGCUAGAGAUGGCUUUACCGAUGGGUUUAUGCGGCUCUUCAAAUGGUACUGAAACAAGUGUCGUUUCACAGGAGAUGGUUAGGAGAGGACUGGAAUCACUAGAAGAUCCUAUGCAAAAAGAUUUCAUUGAGAGCUGUUUGAACCAGGACCCAUCUAAAAGGCCUACUGCUCGUGAUUUAUUGUUCCAUACUAUUUUGCUUGAGGUGCAUUCUUUAAAAUUAUUGGCUGCUCACUGCAUCGUAUCAUCGAAAUUGAAUGAUAGCUUAAAUGAAGAUGAUCUGCAUGUAGAUGAUCCGAAUCGCAUUGCAGCGACAUCAGAAUUUCGCGAAAUGGCUUAUAAUCAGGUCCCUUCUUUUCAGGUAGAUCUGGAAAAGUUUUUGGAAGAUGUUAGUAAUGGAAUAUAUCCGCUCAUAGCAUUUACUCCUCUUCCUCAUCAUCAAAGGAUGACGGCUUCGACAUCUUCAUCCGCUAUAAUUGGCGAACAACAACAUGAAGAUCAUGGGUCAGAUGGUGACAAACCGGAGCCGACACCCUCUCCUCCAGCAGAUUCACCGGUAGAAUAUAAAGAAAGCAGGUCAAUCAUCAAAUGUACAGUCACAAUUAACGGGUCACUGUUAACAUUAGUUGUUCAGUUAGAUGAUAUGAUGAACCGGCAGUUGACAGCUAGAAUAACUGAGGAUGAUACCUCAAGUAUAUUAGCAGCCGAAUUAGUGCAGCAUGGUUUAAUAGCUGAGAGCGAUGAAAUGAGAGUGGAAGAAGCAUUCGCAAAAGCUCUUGGAAAAGACACAACUGAUAGCACUUUGACGAAUGAAAAAAUAGUUCAAGAAGCAUCUACAUCGACGUUGUGA